AUGCGGCUCCCCGCGCUGCUGCUGUGUGCGCUGAGCGCCGCCGCGGGCGCCGGCCCCGCGGACGACUACGAGCUCCUGUACUUGAACCUGGAUAACGAGCUGGAGCCCGCGCAGCUCCCCACCGACGAGCCCACGCCGUGCGACUGUCGCCGCGAGCCCUCGGAGUGGGACAAACUGUUCACCAUGCUGGAGAACUCGCAGAUGCGGGAGGCCAUGCUGCUGGAGGCCACCGACGCGGUGCUCCGCGGGGAGAUGCAGAGGCUGCGAGCCGAGCUGGGCCGGCUGGCGGGCGGCCUGGCCCGGCCAUGCGCCGCGGGCCCCGGGGAGGCCCGGUUGGCCCGGGCGCUGGACGAGCUUCUGCAGGGCAGCCGCGACGCGAGCCGCCGGCUGGCGCGCCUGGAGGACGCCGAGGCGCGGCGCCCAGCGGCGCCGGCGGAGGCGGAGGCCGGGCGCGCCCUGGGCGCGAUGCUGCGCGAGCUGCGGGAGACCCGCGCGGAGCUGCGGGCGGUGCGCCGGUGGGCUGCCCGCCACGGGCUGCCGGCAGGCUGUGAAGUGGCCCUCGUGUUCCCGAUGCGCUCCCCGCGGAUCUUUGGCAGCGUGCACCCCGUGCGGCCCUUGCAGCUGCACGCCUUCAGCGCGUGCCUCUGGGUGCGGGCCUCGGAGGUGCUCAACAAGACCGUCCUCUUCUCCUACGGCACGGAGCAGAGUCCACGCGAGAUGCAGCUCUCCCUGGGUCCCCGCGCCGUGGAGCUCGUGGUGGGCGGGGAAGGGCAGGGGCUGGCGGCGGCCCGGGCCGUGGUCCCGGGGCGGUGGACGCACCUGUGCGGCACGUGGGCGUCGCGGGGCGGCCGCGCCUCCCUGUGGGCCGACGGGCAGCUGCUGGCCGCCGCGGCGGAGGUGGCCGCCGGCCAUCAGGUCCCUGCGGGCGGCGCCCUGCGGAUCGGCCAGGAGGGCGGCCGAGGCGCCGGCAGCGUCGACGACGCUCCCGCCUUCUCUGGGUGGCUCACCGGCUUCAACAUCUGGGACCGUGUCUUGAGCGAGGCCGAGAUCCGCGAGGCCGGCGGGGACGAGUCCUGCCACGUCCGCGGGAACGUGGUCGGCUGGGGCAUCACCGAGAUCCUGCCCCAUGGUGGUGCGCAGUACCUCUCCUAG